CAAAUAUUAAUGGGUUGUUGUGGAAGCAAGGAAUGUACUCAUUUCUUAUUUUUUUAGAAAAAUCCAAAAUUGAAGUUCCGAAAAAUAAGCCACCCGGUUAAAUUUAACCAUCAGAUUCGAACAAAGUUGGAACAAAAAGAGACUAUAAAAAAGGUGAACUGAUAGGCACAGGUGCAUUUUCAGAAGUCUAUCAAGCCUUGGAUAAUAAGACUGGAAAAAUCUUAGCUAUUAAAACAGUUAAACUUUAAGGAGGAAAAGACUAAAUCUUCAGAACUAUAAAUGCAUUAAAAGCAGAAAUCAAACUCUUAAAAAAGUUGUAGCACAAAAAUAUUAUUAAAUACUAUUUUACAGAAAUCAGCCCUGAUCAUUCCUAUGUUGAUAUAGCUCUAGAGUAUAUUGCUUAAGGAUCCCUCAGAAAAGUUAUAAAUAAAGUCAGACUUGAUGAAACCAAUGUUAGAAUAUAUGCAAGGUAGAUCUUAGAAGGAAUUUAAUACCUUCAUGAGAAUAAAGUCAUUCACAGAGAUAUCAAGGCUGCCAAUAUUUUAGUUGACAGUGAUGGAACAAUUAAAUUAUCUGAUUUUGGAACAUCCAAAGUUCUAGAGUCUGAAGAAAACUUAAUAAUAUAAAACAAAUCCUUAAAAGGCACACCCUAUUGGAUGGCUCCUGAAGUAUGUUAAUUAAAAGCCGCAUCCUUUGAAUCCGACAUAUGGUCUUUUGGAGGGGUAGUUAUAGAGAUGAUUGGAGGUUUGCCUCCUUAUGCUGACAAAUAUGGAGCAGAUAUUGAUGCCUAUGAAUUAAUGAAAAAAAUCGCUUAAGAGGAAAAACCUAAUUAUCCUCAACAAGCAUCAAUGUUAGCUAAAAGUUUUUUAGAUUCUAUUUUUGUUGCAGCUCCCCUUAGACCCACAGCUAGCAAAUUACUCUAGCACCCAUAUGUACAAAUAUCUGAUCCUUAAACUGAUAGUGAGGAAGUAGGAUUUAAAUAAUCCUUAGAUCCUGUUCCUUCCAAACGCUCUAUUGGUGGGGGUACUAAUGGACACAUUUAAGAUAAACCCAUCAAUUCAACAUAUAUAUAACAAUAACAAUUAUAAAAACAAAGACUUGAUGAAUAAAGGCUCUAGAAACAGAGAGAAUGGGAACAAGCCCUAAAAGAAGAGUUAAGAAGAAAAUCACAAAAAAAUUGA